AGGCCCCGACAGCUCCUCAGCCGGCUCUCAGCAACUCUCCAGGCGCUCGUUUCGUCUCCGAGCCCAGGCUACUACACCAAACCCCCACCCUCUCCCUCACCCCCGAGCCCAGGAGGACGCACGGCACCAAUCUCGCAGAGCUCCCGCCCACGGGGUGGGAGGCAGCGGCGCGCGUCCCGCUGAUUGGGCCAAGUCCGCGCGGCGCCGUGACGUCAGCGACCAGCGAGGUGCCAUAAGGGGCAACGGCAGCAGGCAGCGCCUCAGACGGUUCCGGCGGUGGCAGCGGCGGUCGGUGGUUGUAGGCAGGUGGUUAGCGGUAGCGGUGCGAGCCGUAGUGGUGCUUCGCGGCCUGAUCGUCUCGCCAUGACCCGCGGGAACCAGCGUGAACUUGCUCGCCAAAAGAACCUGAAGAAAACUCAGGAGAUCCACAAAGGCAAAAGGAAAGAAGAUAGCUUGUCUGCUUCUCAGAGGAAACAGAGGGACUCUGAAAUCAUGCAGCAAAAGCAAAAAGCAGCUAAUGAAAGGAAGUCUCUGCAGGCAGGAGCAAAAUGAGCUGCCACUAUGGAGAAGAUAGAGUGCACCGAUGAAGCAGAAGGACCUAGAAGAUCAUUCAUAAAAGUGUCCAGCCAUUAAAUGAUUAAACAUUUAUUGUGCAGAGUUGUUCAAUUAUCAUUAGUUAGAGUAUUUUCUGGUUACUAUAGGCCUAGAUGUCUACAGUGCUCUUUCAAAACUGACUACACUCUUCUGCAUGUCUGUGAAUAAAAGUACUAAGCAAUAGCUUUAUUCUAGCUUUUGCUGCAUUUGUUAGUUUUACUUAAUGGUUCCAGUAACAGAAUUUCUAAAUUUACAGUUAGACCAGAUUUGGUUGCCUGAAUUCUUGAAAGUAUAGCUACGUUCAGAAUGGAACAUACUUGUAAAAUGUGCUUAACUUUGCAGAGGUCUGAACUGUAAAUUUCAAAAUAUUUUUCCAAUAAAAUGUUGCAUGAAA